UGUCAAUUUCAGCCUAGGGUCACCCGGCUUUCAUUCAUUCGAUUUUGAACACUCCAAAAAUGCUGUUAAAUUUUAAAACCCGGCUUGAACUCCGAUUGUUGGGUCACUGUACGCAGCUAGCUAUCAAUCGCCAGCGAUAUGCCAGCAAAAGUGGCGGUAAGGUCGACAAGGAGGUGCUGGCCCAACUGGAGGAGGGCUUCAAGAAGCUUUCCGAGUCCAAGUCCAAGUCGCUGCUGAAGAAGCAUCUGACGAAGGAGAUCUUCGAGAAGCUGAAGACGCAGACAACGCCCUCAUUUAACUCCACCCUGAUGCACUGCGUCAGCUCGGGUCUGUGCAAUCAUGACUCCGGCGUGGGUCUAUAUGCCCCCGAUCCGGAGGCAUAUAAGGUAUUUGCCGAUCUCUUCGAUCCCGUCAUCGAGGAAUACCACAAGUGCUUCAAGAAGACUGACAAGCAGCCGGAGACCAAGUUCGGCAAGGGCAAGGACUUUGAGAACCUGGAUCCCGACGGCCACUUCAUCGUUUCCACUCGGGUUCGCUGCGGAAGAGCCGUCAAGGGAUUCCCCUUCAAUCCCUGCCUAACGGAGCAGGACUACCAGGAACUGGAGAGCAAGAUCUGUGGGGCAGUGACGAGCCUUACCGGUGAAUACAAGGGAAACUAUAUGCCAUUGACUGGGAUGGAUAAAUGUGUCCAAGACAAGCUGAUCGCGGAUCACUUUCUUUUCAAGGAAGGCGAUCGGUUUCUGGCAGCCGCUGGCGCCUCUCGAUUUUGGCCCACCGGACGUGGCAUCUUCCUAAACGAGGCCAAGAACUUCCUGGUCUGGUGCAACGAGGAGGACCACAUACGCAUCAUCUCGAUGGAGAAGGGUGGCGAUCUGGGCAAGGUCUACGAUCGCAUGGUCGGCGGCGUGGAGGCGCUCGGCAAGCAGCUCCAGUUCAACCGAGAUGAGCGCCUGGGCUACCUGACAUUCUGUCCCACCAACUUGGGCACCUCAAUUCGCGCCUCGGUCCACAUAAGGCUGCCCAAUCUCAUGUGCCAGCCGGAGGAGAUGAAGAAGCUGGCCGAGAAGUACCGUCUGCAGAUACGCGGCACAUCUGGCGAGCAUUCGGAGGCCAAGGACGGGGUGCACGAUAUAUCCAACCAGCGACGGAUGGGACUCACCGAAUACGAGAUUAUCAAGGAGAUGCACAACGGUAUUAAGGGCCUCAUAGAAGCCGAAUGUAUGGCAAAGUCAUCAAAUUAG